ACUUUCAUAAACAUUCUAUUGAGAGAAUGAACCGAUAUAUAUAUUUUAUGUCGUAGCUUGCACACACGAGUUUUAAAAAUCACACGUAGCACGGCGAUUCUGCCAAAUGCACACUUCCGGAAACACGGUUCUUUUCCGCAGCGAAUAGUUUAUCUGGCUAGUUAGCAUGCUAAGCAAGCAGUUUCCUCCUCCAUCAGCGCACUCUUGAGUCUGUGUGCCCGCAGACAGAAUAACUCUUUCAUAGUGCACUGCAUGGUCAUAGAAAGACUCAAACGUGUGGACGGCUGAUUAAAACAUGAUAUAAAGAAAUAUACUUUAAAGCACUCAAUCAUAAUAGCUCAAGCACUUACAGACAUCAGACGUUUAGCCUGUUAGCGUAGCGUUAGCCGCUGGCUUCAUCAUGCAGCUUUAAUCAAACUAUUUUACAUUCAUAUAGUCUUGAAUUUUUUUUUUUCUUACCUCCAACCAGGAAUUUUACUGUUAAUACGCUCCCUUUGGUUAUAAGCGUGUGUGUUAUGAUUUUCAGCCUGAUUAGCAUGUUGUGAGAGUAAGUUUUUAAUGUUAUAAAGUUGCAGAACCGUUGAAUUUGAUGGCAGAAAGAUACCUGUGGUGUAAUUCCCUUCGAAUUAUUAUGAAAUGUUACAACUUCAAAUAAAGUGUAUAACUAAUUUAUUUGCUAGCUCUUGACAGCCAGUUAGAAAGCAUCAUAACAUCAAGUGUUUAUUUGGGUUGCGUUAUGAGUUAUUUGUAACGUUACAUGCGUCGUCAAUGUCGAGACAUUGCUGGUUGUUUACUAAAGAUGAAUAUAACAGAGCAGUGGAUCUCAGUUCUGGAUUUGGAGGAGACCAGCACCUCAGGAGCAGGAUUGAGAACAUUUUAUGGUGUAAAGUGCCACUGAGUGCUAUAAGUGGAUUGGGUUUUAAACCCUUGCCCUCUGAAUUGCUCCUCUCCAGGGUUUAGAUUACAGCAGAUCAAAAGGACAGUAUGGCCACCACUGUCGCAGUCAGCCCCAGUGAAUAUCUUCAGCCCUCCACCACCGCUUCUCAAGAUUCACAGCCUUCCCCACUGGCACUUCUGGCGGCUACCUGCAGUAAGAUCGGGCCUCCUGCCGCCCAGGCACCGGUUAGCACACCAUCUCAGCCAACCACGCGCCGUCUGCACCCCAUCAAGCCCGCCCCUAUUGCUCCGGCUCCACCCAAAAACCUUGGCUUCCUCUCAGCGAAAGGGAAUGUCAUCCAGCUGCCUGCGGGACUUGGUUCGUCAGGGGCCAGUCCCAUUGUCUUCACUAUUCAGAGCCCUUCACGUCCAGCAGGCACAUCCAAUGCCAACAUCCAGUACCAAGUGAUCCCUCAGUUCCAGGGCUCUCAGACCAUUCAAAUGAUGCCUCAGGGAGGACAGAUCCAGAUCAUCCCCGGAACCAACCAGGCCAUUUUCACCUCACCUGUCACAGUUCAGGCUGCCACACCGGCCCCGCCGCCUCUGGCCCCAGCACCGGUAUCCCAUCAUAAGACGGUGGCGAUCAAGCCGUCCUCCCAAAAGCGGCGGCAGAAUAAUGCCAAUGUAAAUUCUAACGUUGUACGACUCCCUAGUGGACUCACGCUCCCCCUUAACGUUACUACUAGUGAUGUGGGAGGAGCGCAUAUUGUAACAGAGACUGCUGCUGCUCCAGUGAAGGGCAAGAGGGGAAGGAAGAGACAGGUGGCUAUAGCCCCGCCCCCCCCUGCCCAUCAACCGGCCUCACCUCCACCUGUAGCCGAGCAGGUUGAAGCGCUGCUAAUAGAGACCACAGCCGACAAUAUCAUACAAGCAGGAAAUAACCUCCUGAUCGUGCAGAGUCCAGGGGGGAGUCAGCCUGCUAUGGUGCAGCAGGUGCAGUUGGUUCAGCAGAAAUCCGAUCAGCAGGUCGUCCAGAUCCCUUCGCAGGCUCUAAAAGUGGUACAGGCCGCCUCUGCCACACUUCCUCCUGUACCACAGAGACAGACAGUCACACCCACUGUGCAGGUGUCCCCCCCAGAAUCCACACAGGUGCUGAUUAAAACAGCCUCAGGUGAAUGGCAGGCUGUACAGCUACAGGAGACCACUGUGUCCACGCCAACAACACCCACCAGCACCCUCACAUCUGCGAUGGUCACUAAAAAGGCUCAAACAGGGUCAAGGAAAGAAAGGACUCUGCCUAAAAUUGCCCCAGCUGGGGGGGGUCUGAUAACCCUGAAUGCAGCCCAGUUAGCCUCUGCUGCUCAGGCUGUUCAGACCAUCAAUAUUAAUGGUGUCCAGGUGCAGGGUGUUCCUGUGACAAUCACCAACGCUGGGGGCCAGCAGCAUCUCACAGUGCAGACGGUUCCAGGCGCAGGUCUGCAGUUGGGCGGUGUGCAGACACAAACACAGACCAUGCAGAUGGAGCAGACGCAGACACUCGCACUGGAACUGCAGAGUCAGCCAGGAGAGAAAAAACGGCGUAUGGCCUGCACCUGUCCAAACUGCAAAGACGCAGAAAAGAGGCCAGGAGAGGUGGGGAAAAGAAAACACAUCUGCCACAUAGCAGGCUGUGAAAAGACCUUUCGAAAGACGUCCCUGCUGCGGGCGCAUGUCCGACUGCACACGGGAGAGAGACCCUUUGUGUGCAGCUGGGUCUUCUGUGGAAAACGAUUCACACGCAGUGACGAGCUCCAGCGACACGCCAGGACACACACGGGAGACAAACGUUUUGAGUGCAGUAAGUGUCAGAAACGUUUCAUGCGGAGCGACCACCUCACAAAGCAUUACAAAACACAUAUCAACACAAAGACCCUGUGAACAUCAUCUUUCACAAGGUUUUAAGGAACUUUGGGGGAUAAAUAAGAAAAACGCUCUUCCCAGGGCUUGAAGGAUGGGAGGAAACAGACAGGUCAACCCCCCUUCACGUGUACGACAUGACCCUGGAAAGUUACCUGUUUGUACCAGCUGUUUCAGGGUAGACUACACUCCCGCUGUCCACUUUUUUACUCGCUCUUAUUGUCAGAGGAAGGCUGGCAGGCCGUCACCUGAGAUUCACAAAGAACAUGGGUGUCAAUUGUGUCUUGGUGCGGAAAGGACAUCCGUCUCAGCACCAACAGACACUCCAGCCAAGAAAAGAAGAAAAUAAGUUACUUUACAGCCCCCUAACCCCCACCACCUCAAUUUUCAAUUUUUCACGUGUAUGUUUUGGUUGUUUUAGCUAUAUCAUGCCCCUCACAAUGAAGUGUAGCAGCUAAUGGACAGUGUUUUCUGGCUUUUAUUGUGUAAAUGUUUGUUUUCAUACAUACAAACAUACAUUUGUACAUACUAUGGCAAAUUUGAAUACAUAAGCGGUUUGGACAAACUCUUUGACCCAGUUAAAUUAUUUUCAGUUAUUAAAUGAUUUUUUUUAACGUCUGCUUUAGAUUUUAAACGGAAGCUUGAAACUUUGUAUAACUUUAGUUGAUUGGUUUUAACAUUAGUGAAGGUUUGGAAAAAAAAAAAUAUUUUGGCUUUUACAUACUUGUCCAAUGUUAGACAAUCAUGUCGUGUAUAAAGGAGAUACAUAGGAGAGUGAAUAUCUUGGGAUUUGCUACACGUUUAAAGGUUGUUGAUCAUAUGAAAUAAGGAAUAAUUUAUUUAAAAGAAAUCAUAAAUGGAAUUGAAUGUAUGCAGAUUGUGUCUGUUAAAAGAUUGCUAAUGUGUCCAUUUAAAAAAAUGUAGAUAAGAAGUCAUGUUUAUGUUCUGUUGUAAAGCAAGAAGAAAUUUCACACAAAUGUGAUGAAAAUGUUAUUGUGGUUAUACCAAUUUAAAUGUUGUUUUUAUUUCGUUCAAGGUACAAGUAAAGCGGCUACUGGAUUUAAUGGUUCGUUAAAUUCAGUCAUUCCAUUUAAGUUAAUCUAAGUUUUUGUCCAAGCUCUCUAAAGGAGGCCUUAAGAGGGGAAACAAAAUCUGUGCUCAUGUAUGUUUGUAUAGUGUCUGAGUUCAUACUGCUCUGUUUGGGUGUAAAAUGUAGGAUAAUUGUUACAUAAAUGUGUAUUGGCUGUUGUUGCCAAAACAUGAAAGAUGUGGACUGUGUACAGUGUAAAUGAGAAGGAAAAAAACAACAACAUUGUAUAGUUUCAUUCCUAUAAUAUGUAAGACUAAUAGAAUACCCUUUUAUUGACUAAAAGUUGCCUUAGUCUGCAGCACCCCAUAUUUAAAGAGAUUUGUCUUUUUCCAGGGAACUGCAUUUGUAGACCUGCUUUAUUAUUAUUUUUUUUGUCUAACUUAUAAAGUGUUAUGAAAUGCCAAUUUAUGUGCACUGACCAAAUUCAGGGUUUUCACUGAGUGGAUAAUUUAAUUAUUUGGUUUAUGUACCUACGUUUGAUUUGAAAGAAUAAAAAGUUCUUUAUCUAUCCUUGAUAAACCCCACAUUUAAGAGCCCUGGCUUUGAAUAUCGGUAGAUAAACUUGUGUUUGUAUAACUUGUAUUGAGGAGCUUAGACCAGAGAACUCGCUAUCUUUUUCUACAGUCAGACCACCUCUCCCACUCACCUAAUAAAGCAUAACACAAAACA